CUUUUAAGUGCUGGCACUUUGAUAUCGGAUUGCUGACCUCCCCUGACGCCAGAAACAGUGCUGAUGGACGAAUGAAAACAAAUAUUUUCGGCACUAACAUCCAAAAGAAAAAGUACGUAUACGAACGUGCUGCAAUUUUAUUCCUGUCGGCCCCAUUGUUUUAGCCAAUUUGGUGAAAAAAUACGAUUUUCUCGCCUGUUUUCCUCGACGACUAAACAAAAGAGAGUUUGGAAAAUUUCGUAUGUAAUUUUGCCGAUUUCUUUCAUCAUUGCCUAUACUUUAAAAAAAUUGAGAAAAGAUGUUCCCCAGUUUUCUCCUGUACCCUAUUUGGCUUCUCGCCUCCCUGCUUUUCCCGGCGGUGCAAAGUUUGCAGGCCCUACACACAGAGGAGCCCGCUACGAUGAAGGUACGUGUACAACAUAGUAGUCGUGUUUCAUCUUUCUGUUGAGAUGCUAUCUCAACACUCAUUGCUACACCAAUGCCAGGUGGCUUGCGCCAAAUGCAGGUGCACCAAAAAUGCAGAGACUGGUAAUAUACUUGAACCUACGUCGGUGUAACGCUGCAUGACAGAGUUGUAGAUUCUAGCACGACAGGAGCUUGAUGAAGACGACCUCUAAUAAUUGAAAACGAAACCUCCAAAACAGCUUUGGCUUUUCUACUGGGUACUGUACGCCGUCGCCAGCUGGGUGUGGAAUUACACCUUUAUCCCACUAAUCCUGGAGCUUCCGUUCUACGUGGUCUCAACCCUGCUUUUCGACCUCUUUUUCGAGGCGCAGAUCGCCGUGGUCGUCCUUCUGGUCUACCCGAAAUUUGCCUACCUGGACAAAUUGCUGACCUUUGUCACCCAAAAGGAAGUGGAAGCCGUGGUAAAGCAGUACGUGCAACUAGCGCAGCAGAAGGGGGAAGCACUGCUGGCGCAGUAUGUGGACAAGAAGAAGAAGUGAAGCAGAUGAUACUCCGGUGAAUAGACGGGUAGGGGCAGCGGUCUCCACUUCUACUCCCACUGCUCCUUGUCUAUUGCGGGAAUAAAGCGAGCAACGGAAGAACCCGGAGGACGCACGUAGCACUGCUCCAAAAAA